AUGCAAAUGCACUCACCGAAACAUGCAUCACCUUCAGGAGUCCGUCUCCUGCCCGCGUCGGCCCUCUCUCAAGUACUCCGCGAAGGCCCCCUCCAGCUCGUCCAGCUGCAGGCCGCCGCAGCGCCGGUGGUUGUGCAGGCGGUACACGGCGUAGAUGCCCAAGGCCCGGUCGCGGAGCUGCGUCUGCCCCGCCGCCGAGGCCACGGCGUCGCCCAGCAGCAGGAAGUCGCCCAGGGCGUGCUCCCGCGGAGCUGGCGCGAUCUGGAGAAAUCGCCCAAACAACUGCCGCUGGACACGGCAAGUGGCCAAGUGCUCGACGCUGUCUUGGCGUGCUCCGCAUCCGAGGCGGCAAGGGGCAAGCCCUUGGAACCGCCGGCUUGUGCACCAACCGUUCAGCUGCAAACGGACGCGCGCGGCCAGGACGCGAGGCUGGCAUUGCGCUGCCACUGCCGCCAAGGCACGCUGAGCCCGUGCCAGACGUCGCCCGGGUAG